AAAAACAAACUUAAGAUUCACAUGAGGAUCCACACUGGAGGGAAACCAUUCACAUGCACUCAGUGUGGGAAGAGUUUCAGCCUAUCAUCAAACCUUAAUAAACAAAUGAGGAUCCACACUGGAGAGAAACCAUUUAUAUGCCCUCAGUGUGGGAAGAGUUUUAACUUUUCAUCAAAUUUUCAUCGACACAUGAGGAUCCACACUGGAGAGAAACCAUUCACAUGCACUCAGUGUGGUAAAAGUUUCAGCCUAUCAUCAAACCUUGAUAAACACAUGAGGAUCCACACUGGAGAGAAACCAUUUAUAUGCCCUCAGUGUGGGAAGAGUUUCAGCCAAUCAUCAUACCUUAAUCUACACAUGAUAAUCCACACUGGACAGAAACCAUUCACAUGCACUCAGUGUGGGAAGAGUUUCAGCCUAUCAUCAAACCUUAAUAAACACAUGAAGAUCCACACUGGAGAGAAACCAUUCAUAUGCCCUCAGUGUGGGAAGAGUUUCAGCCAAUCAUCAUACCUUAAUCUACACAUGAUAAUCCACACUGGAGAGAAACCAUACACAUGCACUCAGUGUGGUAAGUGUUUCAACCGCUCGUCAAACCUUAAUAAACACAUGAGGAUCCACACUGGAGAGAAACCAUUCAUAUGCACUCAGUGUGGGAAGAGUUUCAGCAAAUCAUCUUACCUUAAUCUACACAAGAGGAUUCACACUGGAGAGAAACCGUACAGCUGCACUCAGUGUGGAAAGAGUUUUGGAAAACAAAGCAAUCUUAAAAUUCACAUGAGGAUCCACACCGGAGAGAAACCAUUCACAUGCACUCAGUGUGGCAAGAGUUUUAACUGCUCAUCACACCUUAAACUACACAUGAUGAUUCACACUGGAGAGAAACCAUUCACAUGCACUCAGUGUGGGAAGAGUUUAAUCCGCUCAUCAUCCCUUAAUCAACACAUGAGGAUCCACACUGGAGAGAAACCAUUCACAUGCACUCAGUGUGGGAAGAGUUUCAGCUACUCAUCAUACCUUAAACAACACAUAAGAAUCCACACUGGAGAGAAACCAUUCGCAUGCACCCUGUGUGGGAAGAGUUUCAGCUGCUCAUCACACCUUUAUCACCACAUGAGGAUCCACACUGGAGAGAAACCAUUCUCAUGUACUCAGUGUGGGAAGAGUUUCAGCUGCUCAUCAUCCCUUAAUCAACACAUGAGGAUCCACACUGGAGAGAAACCAUUCACCUGCACUCAGUGUGGGAAGAGUUUUGCAAGCAAAAGCAGUCUUAAGAUUCACAUCAGGAUCCACACUGGAGAGAAACCAUUCACAUGCCUUCAGUGUGGGAAGAGUUUCAACCAAUCAUCAAACAUUAAUCUACACAUGAGGAUCCACACUGGAGAGAAACCAUUCACAUGCACUCAGUGUCGGAAGAGUUUUAGCCUAUUAUCAUCCCUUAAUCAACACAUGAGGAUCCACACUGGAGAGAAACCAUUCACAUGCACUCAGUGUGGGAAGAGUUUCAGUCUGUCAUCUUCCCUUAAUCGCCACAUGAGAAUCCACACUGGAGAGAAACCAUUCACAUGCACUCAGUGUGGGAAGAGUUUCAGCCUAUCAUCAUCCUUUAAUCAGCACAUGAGGAUGCACACUGGAGAGAAACCAUUCACAUGCACUCAAUGUGGGAAGAGUUUCAGCCAAUCAUCACACCUUUAUAACCACAUGAGGAUCCACACUGGAGAGAAACCAUUCAUAUGCACUCAGUGUGGGAAGAGUUUCAGCUACUCCUCACACCUUAAUCACCACAUGAGGAUCCACACAGGCGAGAAACCAUUCACAUGCACUCAGUGUGGGAAAAGUUUUAACUGCUCAUCACAGCUUAAUCAACACAUGAGGAUCCACACUGGAGAGAAAUCAUUUACGUGCACUCAGUGUGGGAAGAGUUUUUACUGCUCAUCACACCUUAAUCAACACAUGAGGAUCCACACUGGAGAGAAACCAUACACAUGCACUCAGUGUGGGAAGAGUUUUAACUGCUCAUCCUCCCUUAAUCGACACAUGAGGAUCCACACUGGAGAGAAACCAUUCACAUGCACUCAGUGUGGGAAGAGUUUUAACUGCUCAUCCUCCCUUAAUCGACACAUGAUGAUCCACACUGGAGAGAAACCAUUUACUUGCACUCAAUGUGGGAAGAGUUUCAGCCAAUCAUCACACCUUGACAAACACAUGAGGAUCCACACUGAAGAGAGGCCAUUCACAUGCACUCAGUGUGGGAAGAGUUUUAUCCGGUCAUCAUACCUUAAUCUACACAUGAGGAUACACACUGGAGAGAAACCAUUCGCAUGCACUCAGUGUGGGAAGAGUUUCAGCCUAUCAACAUCCCUUAAUUACCACAUGAAGAUCCACACUGAAGAGAGACCAUUCACAUGCACUCAGUGUGGGAAGAGUUUUAUCCGGUCAUCAUACCUUAAUCUACACAUGAGGAUACACACUGGAGAGAAACCAUUCACAUGCACUCAGUGUGGGAGAAGUUUCAGUCAAUCAUCACACCUUAAUCAACACAUGAGGAUCCACACUGGAGAGAAACCAUUCGCAUGCACUCAGUGUAGGAAGAGUUUUUACUGCUCAUUCUCCCUUAGUCGACACAUGAGGAUCCACACUGGAGAGAAACCAUUCACAUGCCCUCAGUGUGGGAAGAAUUUCAGCCUAUCAACAUCCCUUAAUUAUCACAUGAGGAACCACACU